AUGGCGAGGCUUCGCCGGCGCGUCCCCUGCGCCCUGCUGCUCGGCCUGGCCGCGCUGCUGCUGAAGGCGCGGCUGGUGCCCGCGGCCGCUCGCGCCGAGCUCGGCCGCUCCGACCUCAGCCUCAUCCGGCAGCAGCAGCGGCAGCAGCAGCGGCAGCGCGAGGAGGCGGCGGAGGAGAGGCCGGAGGCGCCGGCGGUGCGCCCCACCGGGCCCGCGGCAGUGUCUGUAUUUAUGCUGAAAGUCCAGGUGAAUGACAUCAUCAGUCGGCAGGACCUGAGUCAAGCUGUUGUAGAAGUGUUUGUAAACUACACGAAGACAAACUCCACAGUCACGAAGAACAAUGGCGCAGUGUUGAUAAAAGUGCCCUACACGUUGGGGCUCAGCUUAACCGUUAUUGCCUACAAAGAUGGCUACGUGUUGACACCUCUGCCUUGGAAGACGGGAAAAAUGCCAAUAUAUUCAUCAGUUACACUUUCGCUGUUCCCGCAAAGCCAAGCAAAUAUAUGGCUAUUUGAAGACACUGUUUUAAUUACUGGAAAAUUAGCUGAUGCCAAAUCUCAGCCAAGUGUUCAGUUUUCAAAAACCUUAAUUCAGCUACCCAACAACCAUCACGUUAGCAAUGUGACAGGCUAUCUCACGGUUCUACAGCAGUUUUUGAAGGUGGACAACUUCCUCUAUACAACUGGAAUUACUCUCCAUAAAUCAGGUUUUGAAAGUGUUGAAUUGACUCCUCUUGCCGCAAUAUGUGUGAAAAUAUAUUCUGGAGGGAAAGAAUUAAAAGUGGAUGGUUCUAUUCAAGUUUCUCUCCCCCUUCUACAUACGAAUGAUCUAAGUGCAGGGGAUCAUAUACCUGCCUGGACAUUUGAUAUGAGCACAGGUGCUUGGAUAAAUCAUGGCCGGGGGACAGUCAAGACAGAUAAUAAUCACUUAAUUUGGACAUAUGAUGCACCACAUUUGGGCUACUGGAUAGCAGCUCCACUUCCAGGAACUAGAGGUUCAGGUAUAAAUGGAGACGCAAGGGACAUAAGCGCCUACCACACAGUGUUUCUCACAGCCAUAUUAGGAGGAACAAUAUUCAUUGUCAUUGGAUUUUUCGCUGUACUUCUUUGUUAUUGCAGGGAUAAGUGUGGUACUCCACAGAAAAGAGAAAGAAAUAUCACUAAACUUGAAGUCCUCAAGAGAGACCAGACAACUUCAACAACACACAUAAAUCACAUCAGUUCAGUCAAAGUUUCAUUAAAAGCCGAGGACAAGUCACAAUUAUUUAAUGCCAAAAACUCCUCAUAUAGCCCUCAGAAAAAGGAGCCAGCAAAGGCAGAAGCAGAAGAAAGAGUUUCCAUGGUAAAAACUCGGGACAAUUUUAAAAUCUACAAUGAAGAUGUUCCAUUUCUAUCAGCCAAUCAAAACAACUACUCAAGAAACCCAUCACAGUCUUUGGAGCCCAAUGUAGGGUCCAAACAACCUAAACAUAUUAACAGCAAUCUGUCUUCAUCUCUAGGUGAUGCACAAGAAAAGAGAUACCGCCCAGGUCAUGAAGAGGUGUAUGGACAUUCCCACAUUCCUGAACAGCUUAUGCAUAUCUACAGUCAGCCCAUUGCCAUCCUGCAGACAUCUGACCUCUUCUCCACUCCAGAGCAGUUACAUACUGCUAAGUCAGCUACUUUGCCAAGAAAGGGACAGUUAGUCUACGGUCAGUUGAUGGAACCAGUAAGUAGAGAGAACUUCACACAGACACUGCCCAAAAUGCCAGUGCAUUCUCAUGAACAGCCCCCAGAUGCCAGGGAAGAGAAUAUCCCCCUUGAAGGUCAGCAGAGCUUGCCGUCCCAGACUUCAGAUUGGAGCCGAUACUCAAACAGCUUACUAGAGUCGGUUUCUGUUCCGGGAACACUAAACGAAGCUGUCGUAAUGACUCCCUUUUCCUCAGAGCUUCAGGGAAUUUCAGAACAGACGCUCCUGGAGCUGUCCAAGGGAAAGCCUUCCCCCCACCCCAGAGCAUGGUUCGUGUCUCUUGAUGGAAAACCAGUCGCACAGGUGAGACACUCCUUUAUAGACCUGAAAAAGGGCAAGAGAACCCAGAGCAAUGACACCAGCUUGGACUCUGGGGUGGACAUGAAUGAGCACCACUCAAGCAGAAGGCUCGAGAGGGAGAAAACGUUCAUCAAAAGCAUGCAUCAGCCGAAGAUCCUCUACUUAGAAGAUUUAGACCUGAGCAGCAGUGAGAGCGGAACCACUGUCUGCUCCCCCGAGGACCCAGCUCUAAGGCACAUCCUGGAUGGAGGGAGUGCAGCGAUCCUGGAGCACCCCGGGGAAGAGUCUCCGGGAAGAAGAAGUGCUGUUGAAGGCUUUGAAGCCAGUCUGUCCCCCACCAAGAAAAGGGGCAGACCACCCCUAGCCAAAAAAGAUAGCAAGACUAAUAUCUGGAAGAAGCGAGAGGAACGCCCACUGAUUCCCAUGAAUUGA